AUGGGCGAUACUGUGAGAAUUAAAACGGCACCUGAUUGUGGUCCAAGACCUUAUUGCUUAUGCUGGUAUAAGAGGGGACCUAUAGAAUGGGAUGAGUUAAGCUAUUGCUUUUGUGGGGAAGAAGUUGACCUUACGGAAUGGAAAUGGGAAAGGCCAGAAACAAACUCAACAACUCAAGUUCUGAUGACAGAUGACAGGAAACAAGUGACAUUCCAUCCCUACUAUAGUUCUGGUACGGCAGCGGUCCGAGGUGAUGCUCCUAUGGAGCACAACUACCAAUACUACUGGGAGGUGAAGAUGCUAUCUGAAACCUAUGGUACCGACAUUAUGGUCGGAAUGGGCACGGACAGGAUGAACGUGCCGGACUCUGAGUACAAGUUCACCUCGCUGCUGGGCCAGGACGAGGAGUCGUACGGGCUCUCGUACCAGGGCCCGGUGAGGCACAACGCGAUGGAGCUGCGCGACUCGCCCGGCUUCUGCCGCGGCACCAUCGUCGGCGUCCGCGUGGACAUGUGGCUCGGCACGCUCGAGUUCUACCUCAACAGGCAGCGGCAAGGCAUUUGCAUCUACAACCUCCGGCGGCACGACUCCCUGUUCCCGAUGAUCAGCUCGACCGCAGCGCAGUCCUCGAUGCGGCUGAUAUACGCCGCCUCCUGGCGCGCCUCGCUCCUGGUGGACGCGGCCAAGGUGCUGGCCUCGAGCGUGCGCAAGGAGUCCAAGGUCCGCCUGCCGCCCGGGCUCUGGCACACGCUCAAGACCCAGUUCUGGCUCACCCUGCCCACUAUAAGCUGCGUAUCAGAAGAGAAGGACAACAUGCCCAUAAUCAAGUCCAGGAUGAAACAAGUACCGACUACGCUCGGCGAAGUUUUUAACAGCCAGUACAUGAACGGCUUCUAUGUUGACAACGUGGAAGCGGACUACCGCAUUGUCGUAUGGCAG